AUGGAUGCCCAGUCCUUGACAGUAAAAGUACGAGUGACUCAGAUAAUGAAGGACGAAGAAAUUAGGAUAGAUGUCCCAAUGAGAUCUAUUCAAGGUGGUAUGUCGACUUUGAUCCGGUCCAUACCCAAGCUCAUGAAGUUCUAUGACCGUUUGGGUGUGACAUUAAAACUUCAUGAUUACUCGUAUUCUUUCUCCACAGUUGCACCCAACAACUUGAAACCCAAGACUUCAUCCAUCAAAACACACAUGAUAUACAAUGGCGCAUCUGGUCGUGCUGGAGUAGGCGUACCCUCAACUAUCUACGGAGUACAAAGCCGCGCACCUCUCAAGACAUUAAGCGCUCUUGUCCCUGUCCAGGCCCUCUUCUCGCACGCCAACUCCAUUGUGCCGAGAAACGCUGAGAGCCUGGACGAAACGCACCACGCAACAAAAUUCUAUAUUUUCGUGUCCGGAUCUAUUGCGUCUGUAGGCUUUACAUCAACGCAUACGAAUAACUCCGAAGGAUGCAUUAUCUCAGGGUUCUCCCAUAUUAUCCUGGCUACUCCGACAUGGCACAGUGCAAAGUUGAUUGAAUCCUUUGCUUCCAAGAUACCCAAGCAAUCUAACCUACGUCUCCCGUUCGAGGAAGCCGUUCGUAAGCUCAGGCUAUUCCAUACCUACAGGUCUACAGUUAUCACACACCGGGACGCUCACGUCCUCCCUAGCCAUCAAAACGACUGGCGAGACCUGAAUCUUGUUUUGGAGAGUUUGGGGACGGUCGAUCAUGAUGUAAAGGCUCCAAGUGCGACCGUCCUAACGCCUGGUUGUACUAUGGCUACACACAUCUUCCCUACGCCUUGCGGUCCACCACUCUGUCAGACAACUAACCCGAUAGUGUCCGUCGAUCCGAAAUCCAUUUUGUCGCAAUCCGUCCUCGACCGCUCGGUCCUCACAGUCGAAUCUAAAAUAGCCCGAGAUAGCUUCUGUCACCCAUCGAGCAGAGGCGAUGGACACAGGGAAGUCUUCAAGGCCUCGGAAUGCACGAAACGGAGAAUUCGCCUGCAAGGCUAUGGUUAUGCGGAGCGUGGGCAUAUGGAGGGAUACCGCUCUUGGAAGGGGAUUCUGAAGUCGGAACGGCUGGAACACUCGCCAUUGAUCUAG